UGGUCACAGUGAGUGUGAAUCAACUCGACAGCAAUGGGUUUAUUAUGUUUUUUUAUUUUUUAAGUAUAUGUAUAACAAAAUAUUUGCCAUUUCAACAUUUUUUUGUGCAUGUAUAAUUCAUUGACCUUAAUUAUAUUUAUCAGAUUGUGCAGUUAUCACCACUGUUUCCAAAUUUUUCCAUUACCCUCAACAAAAUCUCAGUGCUCCCCAAGCAAUUUUGAAACAAGCAUAUACAAUACGGUUGUCUUUUUUGCAAAACUAGGACACGUUUGGGAAACCUCAGUUGCAAAUGUCUUUUCUCUGAAGUGGGGCUUGGUUCUCUGUGUCUUAAUAAAUUAGAUGAGGCAGAGAGAGUAUUUCCUGCGAUCACUGAGUAGAAAUGCACGUAAGGCGGAUGUGCUGCUGAAUGUCCUGCCCCAAGUUAUGAACACAUGUAAGCAACAUAACAGUGAGCAGGGCCACGCGGCUCACCAAGAGGGUUCAGUGUGGUGAUUAUGGGUGUCCCGAGGGUUUCUCCUGGGUCCUAGCCAUACAUUUCUAAUUACUUCUAUCAGUCUUCUUUUCUCAUUUCAGUACCUCGGACUUAUAUUGGUGUUUCAAAAAGAGUGCUUUAAAUUCCUUCUCUCCACUUGGGGCCUGAUUUGAUCCAGACUAAUUGUCCAUAUUCUUCUCUCAUUUUCCCAGUGUGUCUACCUCUGAAUUGGAUACAUGGGCCAUGCAGGAGACUCAUGCACUCUUGUUGUUGCUUCCAGUUAACAGCUUUGGGGACGAUGAAGAGCUGUCCACAUCUUCUGAUAGUGACGAGGAGGUGAUCAAGCAAUUUGAGAUUUCUGUGUCCCGCUCCCAGAGUUUCCAUUCAGGAGGAGCAUCUGAGAAAGGAAAGCAGACAGGCUUGGAGCAGAAACUGAAAUUCAGCUGCUUGCUUUCUAGCCAGGAAGAGGAGAGCACAGAAGUGCCUACACGUGAAGCUUUGGAUGGGGCCAGCCAAAUGAGUUAUUCUGAGAAUCCGUCUUAUGGUGAAGAUGACCGGAUCUCUGCCCACUCACAGUCCCCUUGUGAGAGAGGGGAUACCAGACACCAUGGUGCAUCUCUCCAAGAGAGCAGUGAAGUUCACAGCCUCAGUUGCCCGUCCACAGAGGGCAGUUUGGAGAUGGAGACAGCCUUUAAUAACCGAGGAUUUGAAGAUUCCUAUGCCACUGACAGCUCCUCACUGUGGAGUCCAGAGGAACAGGAUGAAACCGACUUGCAAGGGCCAUCUGGAACCCCGGGUCCCAUCUCAAAGUGCGGUGACCUAGAUGUCAUCUUUGAAUAUAAAGCUUCCAGCCAGAAACUCACAGUGACCGUUGUGAGAGCAAGGGGCCUGCCGGACAAGGACCGAAGUGGGGUCAACUCCUGGCAAGUUCACAUAGUGCUGCUGCCCAGUAAGAAACAGAGGGGCAGGACGAGUAUACAGAGAGGUCCCAACCCUAUCUUUAGGGAGAAGGUCACCUUCACCAAGCUGGAGCCCAGAGAUGUGGCUGCUUGUGCUGUCCGCUUCCGCCUGUAUGCUGCCCGUAAGAUGACCCGCGAGAGAAUGAUGGGAGAGAAGCUGUUCUAUCUUAGCCACCUGCACCCAGAAGGGGAAAUGAAAGUAACUCUGGUUCUGGAGCCAAGAAGCAAUAUAAGUAGUGGAGAGUCUCAGCUCAGCCCAUCUGCAGUUUCUCACAGUGAUAGUGCUUCAUCUACGCAGUCGCUAGCCCAUGGAGGGGCGCCAGAGCUGUUGGUGGGGCUGUCUUACAAUGCUACAACGGGGCGAUUAUCUGUGGAGAUUAUCAAAGGCAGCCAUUUCCGAAACCUCGCUGUGAACAGAGCGCCUGAUACAUAUGGAAAGAUCUUUCUCCUCAAUUCUGUGGGCCAAGAGAUGUUCCACUGCAAGACAUCCAUUCGACGUGGUCAACCUAAUCCUGUCUAUAAGGAGACCUUUGUUUUCCAGGUGGCCCUCUUUCAGCUCUCUGAUGUUACAUUGAUGAUUUCAGUUUAUAAUAGACGUGCUAUGAAACGUAAAGAGAUGAUUGGUUGGAUUGCUCUGGGCCAAAAUAGCAGUGGAGAGGAGGAACAAGACCACUGGGAGGAAAUGAAGGAAACCAAAGGUCAGCAAAUCUGCAGAUGGCACACCUUGCUUGAAUCCUAGUUUUGCAACAGGUGUUUGUGUGCUGGCAUCUUCCUUGGUCAUCCGUGUUGCUGACUGGCACCAAGUCAGCACAUCUUGGCAGGCUUUGUAAAGACAGGCUUUCAAAUAGAAAUUCUCAAAGGUUUGGUUUGGAUUUAAAUACUGUAAUUUUUUUUUAAAAAACUACAUACUCAGUCAAGUGUCCUAUAUGGGAAAUGUUACCAUAGUCAAGACUAACGGUAAUGAGUUAGUUUGUGCUGUUGACUUUUAGUUCAGACUAGGGAAUGAAGCUUCCUCCGCUUUCCCUAUUGGAGAGUAACCCAAGCUUGCAAGGGAGUUAUUAAA